AAUUACUUUAUGUUACUUACAAAAAAAAAAAAAAAAAGGAGGAGGAAGAUGUCAGUAAAAAUACUGAAUCCAAAUACAGAGGUUCUCAACAAAUCUGCAGCACUUCACAUGAACAUCAACGCUGCCAAGGGUUUACAAGAUGUUCUCAAAACUAAUCUCGGUCCUAAAGGCACCAUCAAGAUGCUUGUUGGUGGUGCUGGUGACAUUAAGCUCACUAAAGAUAGGAAUACAUUGUUGAAAGAGAUGCCAUAAACACGUCCUGAUUUCAUGAGAGCGUGGAGAAUAGGCCUUUACUAACAUUCUCCUUGAAGCGGCUUUCACUUCACCAUCACAGAGGUGCUCUGCAUUCGCAAGCCUGAGGAAGCUAUUGAUCUUUUUAUGGUUGAAAUAAUGCACAUGCGUCACAAGUUCGAUGUAGACACUCGUUUGAGGGUUGGGGGUGCCAGAGAAACCGUCAUGCUAAUUUUAAUGUGUCACCUCAUUAAUUCUUGCUGCUGUUAGGUUGAGGGCCUUGUACAGUUGUUGUAUUUAAUCAUGGUUCAAGGCAUCCAGACAUGAAAAGGCGAGCAGAGAACUAUUACAUUUUGACUUAAAAUGUCUCUCUUGAAUAUGAGAAGAGAACAGAGAGAGGCAAUGGUUGCUGCAGAAUGGCGUUCUGUUGACGAGAGGUUGCAAAAGAUAAUUGACCUAAAGAACAAGGUCUGUGCUGGAAAUGAAAACAAUUUCGUUGUGAAGGGGAUUGAUCCUCCAUCUCUAGACCAACAUUCUCGGGCAGGAAUAAUAGCACUUCGGAGGGCAAAAAGGAGAAAUAUGGAACGUUUGGUUUUGGCUUGUGGCGAGGCAGUUAACUCUGUUGAUGACCUAACUCCUGAAUGCCUUGGCUGGGCUGGGCUGGUCUACGAGCAUGUUCUUGGUGAAGAGAAGUAUACCUUUGUAGAAAAUGUCAAAAAUCCUCAUUCCUGUACUAUUCUUAUCAAAGGGCCUAAUGACCACACAAUAGCUCAAAUCAAGAAUGCAGUUCGUGAUGGACUACGGGCAGUAAAAAAUACCAUUAAAGAUGAAGCAGUUGUACUCAUAUGUUACACUUUUGCCAAUAGAAAAUAAUAGUUUUAUUAUUUGAUCAGCAAUACAUAUCUGUGUGACUCCACAUGAAAGCUCCUUCACAUGAGUUUUUUACCCUGUUCGUCUAUUUUAUACUGCUUGCUUAUCUUUGAUGACCAAGAUAUGCAUGCAUGGGUCUUUCCCUAGGGCUUUAGUUUAUGAUAUGUGGCGCAUAUCAUGGGUUUGAACCCUAUUGUAGACAUAAGUAUGGCAUUUAAGUAGAAAAGGGUAGAGGGGUAGUCCAUCAUUCA